CGCAAACGAGGAGUUUGUGGAAAUAGUUAUUUUUCUAAAACCAAAUUUGCAGAAUAAAAGUUAUGGAAGAUGAUAAUAUAAUAGAAUGUUUAAAAGAAGUAAAGAACGACACGAAAGUGAUACGAAAUGAUAAUCGUGUGUACAGGGAAAUGGUGACAGAGCUGAGGGAAAUUACCCAAAGUUUACAACAACAAAAUAAAGUUAUAAUGGAGGAGAAUACAAACAUUCAGAAAGAAAUGAGCCUAUUGAAGAAAAGACUGGAUAACAUUGAAGGGAAAUUAGACGAACACGAUAAAAAGCAGAACAAAGUGAAGAAUGUGGACGAUAAAGAAAAUUGCGAAGAAAGCAAACAUGGUAAAGUAGGAGAAGUUAGUGCAAGUGUUGAAACCUCGAUAGAAAAACCCAGGAAAACGAGACAAAAGAAAAAAAUACGUUGAAUUAUUGUUAAAAUAAAUUUUGUGAAUUUUGUUUAU